AUGGAGAAUCCCAACCCCGACACUCUCCGCCUCCUCAGCGCCACCGGUGACCGCGGGGUGUGGCAAGUCGGAACCGACAAGAUCCUGAAGGAAUACCCCAGCGACGACGCCCUCUGCACCGAGGGCGCGAUCCCCGCGCCGCGCGUCCUCCACGAGUGGAUCGACAGCAACCGACGCUACUUCAUCCUCCAAGAACGCAUGCGCGGCGAGACACUCCAAGACGCAUGGCCCCGACUGUCCCAGACCCAAAAGAAAGCGAUCGCCGCGCAGGUGGGCCAGGUCCGCCAGCGGCUGCGCCGGCUGACCUCGCCGUGCAUCCAAUCGGUGGGUAGAGGCGCGUGCUAUCCGCCGUACGAAUGGGGGUUCCGGAACCGCGUGCAGGGCCCCUUCGUCUCGGACGCGGACCCGCGAGCGGCGAUCCGCUCGUAUUUGACCGGCAUUCUGGACCGGGAGCUGCCAGACCAAAUCCUUGACAACCUGAUGGCGUGCAUGCCCGCGUCCGGGCCCUACGUCCUCACCCAUGGCGACCUCCACAUCAGCAAUAUCAUGGUGGAUGGGGACGGGCGCCUGGUCGCCAUCAUUGACUGGGAGUACGCGGCGUACUAUCCUAUUUGGUUCGAGUAUCUCCUGGUCGCGCGGGGCAAUGUCGACCUCGAUGAUGCGGAGUGGAAAGAGCUGCUGCUGCUGCAGUUUGAGGCCCAGGGGGAUGGUCAUCCGGACGCGGUGCAGUUUCGCGAUAGCAUCUUCCUCUUGAAAGGGUAUCCGUACCUGGAUGACGGAGAGCGAGAGAUGCUGGCGGAGCUCUGUUCGGGGGAUCAUGAGAUGAAAAGAAGAACCGAGCAGGUCUUGGACAAUAGCUAG